GAGAUGGUUCAACAUCUAAUUUCUCCUUAGAUCAUUACAUUGUUAAGCAUGCUAGGGGAUACAAUGAGCACUUAAUGACUGGCCACAGGGAAACACUGAAACUCGCCGUUUCUGUCACACGCCUUGAUAUAAACAGCCAUGUUAAAAGUUUUUUUGGCACUACACACCACACUAUUUGGUUGAAUUCUAAGGGGUUUUUUAUGGAUACGUAGAAUCUUUAUUCAGCUCACAUGAUAUCAUAAUAUAGAGAGGUUAUAUGGGGAGUAAUAGAAAGGGGUGCCUUUUAUUCCCAAACACCAAACAUGAAGCUGUUACUCAUCAAACGUUGAUUUCCUUCAUUAACUAUCAUCAAUUGCUAUCGUGCUAGGUGGCAGCAGCGACUGUCAAAUGUAACUUUUGUAUCACAGAUCUCAAAAAGGCUUAAUAUUGUUAGUGGAAAAAGCGAUAAUCGCGCAAAAUUAGCAGGUCUAGAACAAUUUUAUUUCCUUUUUGUGCAGCGGAGAACACGAAGGAGACGACUCUCAUUCAUGGCAAACACGUGCGCUUGGCGAGUAUUUCAGGACAACCUCUGAUAUUGUCUAAAGGCAGAUACAAUUUGAGAAAACUACACGAACUUCCCGUUCAUCUGAUGCGCAGCGAAAGAUGGGACGAGUUAAAAAGUGAAGUGCUCUGUAACUUUCAUUGGCUCAGAAUAAAAAUAACGGCGCGUUCUCUCAGGUCUGUGUUGGAUAAUUUCCAUGCCGCCAUGAAGGUUGUCAAUGACCCUGACAUUGCUGCUGUUGGGGGAGUGCUUCAGCUCGCCCAAGACGCCAUUUUGAGCGACUCUAAACAACUCGCUGCGCAAUUUGUAGCGAGGCUUUACGAGUGUAAGGUUAAGAAUGCCUAUCACGUUAUUUCAUCCAGCCUAUCACCAGUACUUUCCAAGCUUGUCCAGGAUUCUCGCAGGCCACCAGAGCCCACAGUGAUCCCAUCCAGAGCUUUUUUAACCCCUCCUGGCGGACAGUUAAUACAAACGUUAGUUGGACACUCGGCCAGCACAGUCCAUGGACUCGCUGCCACCAGUGACGGUAGAUACGUUGUUACAGGUGCAGAAGACGGUGUGGUGAAAGUGUGGGACAUCAGCGAUGGCUCCUUAUUGCUGACCGUGCCGGAAGCUGGAGAAGAGAUUGGCAUGAUCAUGUGUUGUUGUGACGAUGAGGUCAUCGUGGCUUCGUCUAAACGAGGCAUAGUGGUGAUUUCAUUUGAAACUGGUGAAAUACUUCACAGGGUAGAAACCAAGUAUUUUGAGAGCUAUCCUCCACUGACGCUAGCCGGCAACAAAGGAUCCAAACUGGUCUUCCUCAAAGAAAAGAGUUUGAAUGUGAUGUUAACCACCUCUGGGAAAUCUUUGCACAGUUUAACAAGCAUCAAACCGGUCGGUGGAGCAGGGCAGAACAGCUUGCUAACCUCCUGGAACGACAUUGUACUCUGUAACUCAAAAGAAGACGAAAAUUCCUUGAAAGUGAUUGACUUAAGCGACUUCAAAAUACUUCAUUCAUUUGUAGUUUUUGAAGAGAAAGACGAGGAAGAAUUCCUUCACCUCACUCAAAUAGUAAUGAAAUCAGAGAAUGAGGUUCUUGUUGCGAAAAAGAUGAAAAUCGACCUUUACUCCAUCGGUAAAGGCGAACUUUUACGGACAUACAAGUGCAAAAUCGACGACUGGAUUCGACACUCUUCCCUGGACCCCACUCAGAACAUCUUGGUGUUCCCAAAACGCGACAAAGUUGCUCUAAUUGAUCUUGAAAGUGGCGAGAGAAAAGAUGUUCUACCACAUCCCAAUUACGUUUCUAGGACCUUUGCCGUGGGCCGGGAUGCGAUUCUUACUUCCGGUGGCGACAAUAUCGUGAGGGUCUGGGAUCUAACCCAACAAGAUGUUCACCGACAAGUAGAAAAGCCCGAGAUUUUGGUGAACAUUUAUUCCAUCCCAGGCGACUCUCGACACCUGGUGACAGUCGGCCGACUGGGGAUUGACAACCACUGCGUGACCAUUUGGGAUUUGUACACUGUUUUACCUGUGCGCAAAGUCACCGGUAUUACAACAAGCUACAUUCAAAUAAUCGACAGCAGAAGAGCUGUUGUUCGCGUGGGAGAAAACGUGACGAUCGUGGACUUACAAACGUGGAAAGUUGUAACGGUACUCAAAGGAAAAAUCCCACCGUUUGACUUUUUAGGCAUUGAUGAUAUCUGCGUCGUCAACAAAAGAACAGAAGUUCUAACAUACUCUCACGAUCGUAAACAUUUGACGCUCUACAACAUUGAAACGGGAGAGCAGGUGGCAGUUCUAGGGUCAAGCCAACCUCAACACAGUCUUCGUUCAUUUAUCGUGAACUCACAAGGAACGAUUGCUGUCUGGACAGACGAGCCGUGUUCCCAGGUGUUUGUGUGGGACCUGGUGACGAGAGAACAAUGUUUUGUCAUCGAAAGGGAGGGGUAUGAGAGGCUGACUAUGUCUCAUGCGGAACUCACCCCAGAUGGCAAGCAUUUCGUGUCCAGUACACGGAAGACCAAGGAAAGCGACUGGAUCCGACACUCCACCGUGUGGGAUGUGCAGAACAGAAAGCUUGCGCAUGACUGGCGGAAUGCGAAUGACACCGACGUCAUUUCUUUGGUUGUGACGGCUCACAAGGACUUGAACAUACUACUAUGUGCAAGUCUUUGUGAGCCGUCACAGCUAGUUUGUUGGAACAUUUUAGAAGGGACCGCCCUUCAUAUCCUUCCCAGCAGCCAUUUCAGCAAUCUUCGAAUUGACGUCAUCGCGUCAGAAGGGGACUUGGUGGUGUCGUAUGAGGAAAAGACACUGAUCAUGUGGGACAUGAAAGCGGGCGUUCAAAAAGCCACCUUCACGGCAGAUAAGGUGACAGCGGUAUAUCCCGUGGGGGAUGGUCAGUGUAUUGCUCUGGGCUAUGAAAGUGUUUUGCCCUUAGUACUUCUCACUCUCCAGGGUGGGGACAUGAAGCCGUACGAAUUCCCCACAGAGGGUACAACGGUCAUGGCUGGAACAGACGAGCCGAUAGUGUUUGAAGGCAUCCAAAAUACGUCUGGUGAUGAAGACAAAUAAGGAAGUUGAAAGAGACGAGUGUGAAGAAACAGCGAGAAGACUAUAGAUCGAGUUUGCGCAGAAAUUUUGCGUAUUUACUCAUAGAAUUCACGUCAGACUGUAUGUUAACAGACCGUCAUACGGAUCUCGUAAGAUCCUUAGCUGAGAUAUUUGAGCGCGACGCUCGACCCUGUAGAGCCUACUUACAUGACCUGGCCCACCAGGAGUGCUAUGUAGCUUAGUUGUUUGAGCACCUGACCAGCGGACGGUCAUACGGUCUGAUACCCUGCGUAUAUGCUAUUUACUGUAAAUUGAGCAGUAAAAAAAAACCAAGAUAAUUAAAACAAUGCAUUUUUAACUGGAUAAUCGAUGCAUUCAUUUAUUUAAAAUUCUAUCCUACCUACUGUAACACUAAAUUAAGUUUAAAUUGUUCCAGAUUACAGGUUUGUAAAAAAAGCAACAUUACAGUUCUGCUACACAGUAUUGUUGAAGUCAUCAGAUUCUAAAGGUUGCGGUUGUAAACCAAUUCGAUAACUAGCAUGAUACUGAGUAUUAGACACGAGAUUUCAGAUAAUUCCAAACCCACUAAGAGGCUGUAUUGAGCACUGUAAUUUAAUUUCGGGUUGAUUUAGACCACGCAACUUUACCGCACGCGACAAGCCUACGACAAGUUUUUAUCAUAAAUAGUUUUGUGUAAGUCAAACCUACAAUUAGUAGAAUUACCCCAAAAAAUUCGUGUCGCAAGCAGCUAAGUAAUACCUUCUAAAUUGGCACUAAAAUCAGAUUUCUAAAGCAAAUUAAACUUUAUCUCAUCAAGAUUCCUGCUAGCCAGUAUAAAAAUUAUAGGCUUGGAUUGUUUUACUUUAAAAUAAUGUUGCUUUUUUGGACGGAAAAACUAUAUUUUUUUUUUGAGCGCCGGUUGCUCGCGUCAUGUAAAUCACAUACAUCUUUCAACAUUAAAUCAAUUUUUUUUGGAAAUACUACGGCGACAUUGACAAAUUGAGUCAUUACGACAAUAUAUUAGUUUAAGAUUACAUAGUUUGGUUUUUAUAGUCUUGUUAUUUUGAGUCGCCAAAGUCGACUUUAAUGGUUGUUUGGAACUUUUCAUUACACAGUGGUGUUUAGAAAAGGUUUUUUCACAUCCAGCUGAAGA